CUGUUUUAUUUUGUUGAAAUUGGCACAGUUUCAAGGAUGUGACAUUGAAGGAGCUGCUUAAAAAGGUGUCGAGCUGCAGCUCAGGGCCUCUCUCCACCAAAGCCACUUCUGCUGAGGAUCUCUUGGACUCAAAAAUGGACUGGGUUCUUCUGUGCCUUUAUGUGUUUUUUUUCAUGGGCCUGAGUAUUUUAGCUUUUAAGGUAAGAUUACGAAAGUCAAUACAGGAGCUCCCGUGCCUGCCAUCGCUCCCUUUCAUCGGGAGUCUGCUGAGCCUACGAAGUGUAUAUCCGCCUCACGUGCUUUUCAAGAAACUACAGGAGAAAUAUGGUCAAACAUAUUCACUGAUGAUGGGCUCGCACAGAGUCAUCAUUGUCAACCAGUACUCACAUGCCAAAGAAGUACUGCUGAAGAAGGGCAAGAUAUUUGCAGGGAGACCAAGAACAGUAACCACGGAUGUGCUGACCAGAGAUGGGAAAGACAUUGCUUUUGGAGACUACAGUGCUACCUGGAAGUUCCACAGGAAACUUGUCCAUGGAGCUCUCCACAUGUUUGGACAAGGAUCUGCCUCAAUUGAGAAGAUCAUCUGCUCACAGGCCCAGUCUCUUUGCUCCAUCAUGUCAGAAAAAUCUGCUGCUGAGGAUUCUGUGGACUUUUCUCCCGAUCUGACGCGGGUUGUCACCAAUGUCAUCUGUUCACUCUGUUUCAACUCCACAUACUCCAUUGGAGACCCUGAGUUUGAGGCCCUACUUCUUUACAGCCAGGGGAUCGUGGACACUGUUGCCAAAGACAGCCUGGUGGAUAUUUUCCCAUGGUUACAGGUUUUUCCUAAUGCAGACCUCCGUCUCCUGAAAGAAUCUGUUUCAGUCCGAGACAAACUUCUACAUAAGAAAUAUGAGGAACACAAGGCAGAUUACAGCGACAAUUUGAAGAGAGACCUGAUAGAUGUUCUACUCAGUGCGAAGCGCAGUGCUGAGAACAACAACACAGUAGAGAUCAGUUCUGAGGCUUUGGGCCUUAGUGAUGACCACAUCCUUAUGACUGUGGGUGAUAUCUUUGGAGCCGGGAUGGAAACCACCAUCACUGUCCUCAAAUGGGCCAUUAUCUACCUUAUCCAUCACCCUGAGGUGCAGAAACGUAUACAGGAGGAGAUGGACACCAAGUUAGAGGGAGAGCGGAGCCCCCUGCUCAGCGACAGAGGCAGUCUGCCUUAUCUUGAGGCCACCAUCAGGGAGGUGUUACGGAUCCGCCCAGUUUCCCCUCUUCUCAUCCCUCAUGUGGCCCUAAAGGAUACAAGCCUUGGACAUUUCAAAGUGCGAAAAGGGACCAGAGUCAUUGUCAACCUGUGGUCUCUGCACCAUGAUGAGAAAGAAUGGAAACACCCCGAGCUCUUUGACCCUGGUCGAUUUUUGAAUAGUGAAGGCACAGGUCUGAUCAACCCAUCAUCCAGCUACCUGCCGUUUGGUGCCGGGGUCAGGGUCUGUCUUGGCGAGGCCUUAGCCAAGAUGGAACUUUUUAUCUUCCUGUCCUGGAUUCUGCAGCGCUUCACAUUCUCUACCCCAUCAGGUCAACCUCCUCCUGUGUUGGAGGGCAAGUUUGGCGUGGUUCUUCAACCAGCCAAAUACAAGGUGACCGUCACAGCCAGAUCAAGUUGGAAGACAAACAAGUGACUUUGUGGAUAAAGUGUUACUUUUAAAAUGUAAAUAUUUUUGGCAGUUCAACAAUUUGAAAUUGCUUCUCAGCACACGAAACCAGAGUUCAAUUACCCUCUCAAGGUACAAGUAUGUUUUUUGCUUCUUAAGUCCACCACAGAAGGCCACUAGUGAAUGUAAGCCAAAGAGUACAAAUGUGAAGAAAUUAAACACCUUAAUGAACUGAAUGAAUUAACUUUUUAAUGAAGUAGGAAAGGAGUUUCUGUCCUAUGUGGCUAACAAAAAGUAGACAACAACUAUAAAAUAAAAAAAGAACAGUAUGUCCAGCGGAAACUGAACUGAACUCUCUGAAGCAACUCAACCUCUAGGUUGUAAUACUCCCUUUUACAACCCCUUUGCUUUCAAUUGCAACUCUUCUUCAGUUACUUCCUUGUUUUUUUUUGUUUGUUUGUUUGUUUGUUUUACUAUUGCUCUGCAAUUGGCGGGCAACUAGUCCAGGGUGAACCCCUCCUCUCGCUCAAUGUCACCUGCGACUCUAAUGAGGGCAAGAAAAUUAAUGGAUGGACGUGAUGUUAUACUGUUAACCAUUAUGAUCCAUGUGGUGGGCACAUCCGCCUAACAGUCAGAGGGUUAGGUUUAGUUUCACUUUAUUGUAUUUAUGUUCAAUUAUUUAGUUUCAUUUUUUUAGGUGGGUGGGACAAAAAAUGACCAGAUGACACGUUUAUAGUAAAUAUAUAGUAUACUGGAUUUAUUUUUUAUUACUUUUAGUAGUUCUGAGAUGUGAUUUAGUAUCCCACGUAGUGCUUUAUUACUUACAAUGAUGCAUAGAUCAUCCUGUCUGCUGUUGUAGCUGAAUGUGUUCUAUUUUGAGAUUAAAGACGUCAGGCUGACAAAAUGAUUAAAUCAGCAA